CCCUGGACUGAACACAAACGGAACAAAAUCAUUUUAAUUUCCGACGACAUAUCGCAAGCAUCCUUUAUGAAAAAAAAGACCUAGUUUUUAUUUUAUUUAUAUUUAUAUUUAUUUAUUUAUUUGGAUAUUGUGGAGGGAACAAGUACAUCAGUUCUCAUUACUGCUCCAAAAUCGCAAACAAUCCUUGAAGAUAGGUUUGCUAAAUAAUCCAUUGGCAUGUCUACUGCACUGACGCCGGCUAAGAGGCCGCAUGAUCGGAACCAUACAGAGACUAAUGGAAAAUCAAAGUUGCAAAAGACAGUUAAUUCCCCUGUCCGUGGUGUAGUCUUUCGUAUACUCUGUCCUGCGUCCAAAACUGGUGGUAUUAUUGGUAAAGGUGGUGCAAUUAUAUCCCAAAUCCGUCAAGAAACUGGUGCAAAGGUCAGAGUCGAGGAAACUGUCCCUGGAAGUGAUGAGAGGGUAGUUAUUAUCGCAGCAGGUUCUGAUAAGGAAAUGGAAGUCAAUAAUGCAGAACAGAAUAGAGGUGAUAGUGAUGAUAAGGAGCCCAAUGUGGGUGAAGAAAGUAAUGGUAAACAAGCUGGUAGUGAUGAGGAUGAUGAAAAUAAGGAAACUGUUUCUGUAGAACACUCGACAAAGUCUGUAAGGGAAACCUCAUCCUUGCAGAAAGCUUUGGUUCUUGUAUUUGAAAGAAUGCUUGAAGCGGAACCGGAGAUGGAUGAAGGGAAUGAGGAAAAGAAGAAACCUUCUAUGUCUACUUUGAGGUUGCUUGUGCUUUCUAGUCAAGUUGGUUGCCUUUUGGGAAAGGGUGGUAGUGUAAUCAAGCAAAUGUCAGCGGAAAGCGGCGCGCAGAUUCGGAUUCUUCCUAGGGAUAAACUUCCUAUUUGUGCAUCACCUACUGAUGAACUAGUUCAGAUCGCGGGAGAGGUUGAUGCAAUUAGGAAAGCUCUUCAAUCAGUUGCCCAGCAGCUUUUGGAGAAUCCACCCAAGGAUCCUGAAGCUUACCCUCCCAUUUCAACAGGCCCUUCGUCUCAUUCCUUUGGUCAUCCUCUUCCUAGGCCAGAAGCAUAUCCACCACCAUACCACUCUUUUAAUGCUCGGGGAACUACUUACGGUGCUGGACCUCGGGAAUUUCAUGAAGGUGGUAUGCCUGGUCGAAUGAGGCCUGCUCCUGAUAUGCUUACCUUUCGCUUACUGUGUCUUGAUGAGAAGGUAGGAGGUGUCAUUGGAAAAGGAGGAGCAAUAAUAAAAACUCUUCAACAAGAAACAGGCUGUGAGAUCAAAGUUCUGGAAGGGGUUUCUGAUUCAGAGGAUCGCAUUAUUCUCAUAUCUGGUCCAGCACACCCAGAUGAUAGGAUAUCGGCUGCACAAGAUGCAGUUCUUCGUGUACAAACCAGGAUUGCUAGGGCUUUACCUUUACCUGAAGGCAAGGAAAAGGCUGUGAUUGGAAGGCUUCUUGUCUCCUCCAAUCAAAUUGGCUGUCUGCUUGGUAAGGGUGGUGCAAUCAUGGCUGAAAUGAGGAAGUCAACCGGUGCAUAUAUUCGUAUAUUGGGGAAGGAUCAAAUUCCAAAAUGUGCUUCAGAAAAUGAAGAAGUGGUUCAGAUAAAUGGGGAGCAUGAAGUAGUUCAAGAAGCACUUCUGCAGAUAACCACUAGAUUACGCAAUCAUUUCUUCCGUGAUGUAUUUCCUUCUAUAGAUCAUCCCUCUAAUCCUGCCUUUUUGGAUCAAGCACCUCCAUUUCCUCCAUACAUGGGAAGAAGGGAACUCUCACCUCCAUUCCAUGCAUUUCAUAGUUUCGAUGGCAUGGGGGGUCCACCUCCUCCUGUUGGUUUCCAUCCCCACGAUGAUCAUUCUCCUUUCAUGCAUAAUAUUCAUAGACCAGGAAUGCCUCCACAUUUUGAAAGAAAACCUUGGGGUCCUCAGGGACUUAUGGAAGCUGGUGGACCGAUGGGCUUGCCGGAAUUUGGAGGGCAUCCUCAAAGAAGAAUUUCAGGUUUUGGAGGUGUAAACCAUCCUGCUAUUAUCACAAGUACAACUGUUGAAGUUGUUGUUCCUCGUUCUGUGGUCCCUGUAAUAUAUGGAGAAGAUGGUGCAUGUUUGAAACAAAUUCGCCAGAUUUCGGAUGCAAAAAUUACCGUUACUGAGCCAAAGCCUGGAGCAGCAGAAACUGUAAUUAUAAUAUCUGGGACACCUGAACAGACUCAUGCAGCUCAGAGUCUUAUUCAAGCAUUUGUCAUGAGUGAAAGGGAGUCCGCUUGAUUUUACAUAGAGAAGGAACUAAAUUAGCAAGCGUGGACUCUUAAUAGGGCUUCCCACGAUCUAAAGAAUGAAGAUAGAUACAAAUCUAACUUGGCAGUUCUUGUGAGUACAAUGAAACCUGUCUGAACUUUAUGCUGAAAAGAUGACAUACUUCUCAGAUAAUUUAUUAUCUUGAUGGCUGCCAUGCUUGUUCAAUCUCAUAUGAAGAGAAGUGAGUGGUCAAAAUGUACCUAUGGCAUCCAUUAGAGUUGGCCAACAAAGCUUACAUUUUUGUGUUUUCUGAAUGAUAAAAAUUAUUAGUAGACUGCAAUCAAGGUCUUUGAUUAAUACUGACUCAGCCUGGUUUUUUGCGA